GACGCGCGGAUCAGCUGACGGCCGAGCGGCCGCGGCGGCGCGGGGGGCGGGCGCCGGCACUCGGAGGUGUCCGCUGCUGCUGCUGCCGCCGCGCAGAGCCGCCGCCGGGCCCGCGCCGAGCCAGCGCCGAGCCAGCGCCGCCAUGCCCUCGGAGAAGAGCUUCAAGCAGCGCCGCACCUUCGAACAAAGAGUGGAAGAUGUACGACUGAUUCGGGAUCAGCAUCCCACCAAAAUACCAGUGAUCAUUGAAAGGUACAAGGGAGAGAAGCAGCUUCCAGUUUUGGAUAAGACCAAGUUCCUGGUGCCAGAUCAUGUCAACAUGAGCGAGCUAAUCAAAAUUAUCAGGCGACGCCUGCAGCUGAAUUCCAACCAGGCCUUCUUCCUGCUGGUGAACGGGCACAGCAUGGUGAGCGUGUCCACGCCCAUCUCCGAGGUCUACGAGAGCGAGAAGGACGAGGAUGGCUUCCUGUACAUGGUCUAUGCCUCCCAGGAGACCUUUGGAGCACCAGCUUCUGCCUAGGACAGCAGCCCCAGCCUAGGAUUUGGGUUGACCCUUGGCCAUCACCCCCUCUCUUCCCCACACACCCCCCAGGGAAAGAACCGGAUGUCACCUACGCUCUCAGUCCUUAGCAUAGUCUUGCUUUAGCGGGUGUCUCAUCUCACCUUGCCUUGUUUGUGACUAUUAAACAGUACAGACGAGCACCUCCAGCUUUGAAACCUGCCCUAAUAAUAAUCCACACAGGCACAUUUACAGGUCUGGACCUGAUGAAAGGAGCCCAGUUGUGCAUGUGACACUUGCAGAGAAAGGGACACUCGAUUUACUUUAAACAAGCAAACAGGCACCAGGAAGGAACUAAAGUGUUUCCUGUGAGUUUGCUGGAAAAUCUCCCUACGAUUCCUUAAUUUUUUGGUUUUAAAUGGGAAGGUUUCUCAUGAGAGCAUUUUAAUGUUCCAAAGGGGAGCAUUUUCUUCUGCAGCUCCAUCAGACUCGUGUCAGUGCUGCAGGGAGUUAAGGCAAGUGCUUGGGGUGAGCUGGGGAAGGACAACUCUCUGUGUCUCCGGUUUUUGGGCGCCGCACGCUCAGGGGCGGCGCCGCUUUCUGGAAUACUCAUACCAAACACCACAGCUUUAUCGUAGUUUAGAAAGUGUCUAACUGUAAAAUGCACACCCCAACAGGUAACACUGAAAUAAACUCCAGUCUGUUAUAAAUUCCCAAUCCCUGUGUGUUCAUCUGAGCUGGUGAUCCUUAGGAUCGUGCUCCCAGCCCGGAGGUCGGGCUGGCAAUCGGGAGAAGCAGCUCAGGGCCGGGAGUCGCUGCUGAACAAAUGAUCUGUGGCACGGCUGGAGGCUCCUGUGUGGCAGGCUGUGCAGAGGGGAGCUCUCCCGUGGGACAAACCUGUGUUCCUGCAGCGCUGUCCAGCGAGGCGUGGCGGGAUCCCCGCGGCGGGGACAGAAGCAAUACUGCAGCGCCUGGCACUGGGGGGGUGCACGCGUUGUACCUCCUCCUCCUCCUCCUCCUCGUAUCUCCUCCACUCUUUGCAUGCAUCUCCUUCCUCCCAGGGCCCCCUGCCCGUUUUUUAUUGUCCUUUUGUGUUUUUACUCCGACGUGAACUUUUCGAUGCAGCUUGUUCUCUGUUUAGUUCUGUUCGUGUAAGAACUCGUUUAACUCAUUAACUGACAACUGUACUUGUAAUUACGACGUGAUCGACUGAUAUUCCUGUACAAAAUGUUGCUUUUUUAAAAUUAAUACAGUGCUGAUAUGGAUGGAUUACAUCCCAACUUAA